GUUUUCCCCUCUCUCGCCCUCUCUCGCUGCCUCACCACCUUAUCCUCAAGGGAAAACCAUGGCGGCCUCUUCUCUCUCCCUCCCUUCUCUCCACCCUCAAAUACCCACCAUCUCCUCCAAACCCAAACCCACUCCUACAGUGGCUUUUAGCUUCCCCGCGAAGCCCUUUUCCUCCAUUAGACCCCUCUCUCUCUUUCCCUCGUCGUGCGCUUCGCUCUUUCCGCGAAAGGUGCGACCUUUCCAGGUGGGUUUCGUCCCCAACGUCGCCGUGUCGUCGGAGCUAGGGCAAGAGGAGGAGGAGGAGGAGGAGGAGGCCGGGGAGUUCUCGCCCGAGUUGAAGCUCUUUGUUGGGAAUCUCCCCUUCAGCGUCGACAGCGCCCAGCUCGCUGGGCUCUUUGAGCGCGCGGGAAACGUUGAGAUGGUUGAGGUCAUUUAUGAUAAAUUAACUGGAAGAAGCCGUGGGUUUGGGUUUGUCACAAUGUCUACAAUUGAAGAAGUGGAAGCAGCUGCACAGCAGUUUAAUGGUUAUACACUUGAAGGGCGAGCUUUGAGGGUAAAUUCCGGACCACCGCCUCCGCGGGAUGAGUUCCCAUCAAAAGGCUUCAGAAAUGGGGGAGGCUUUGAUUCUUCCAACAGGGUUUAUGUGGGCAAUCUUUCAUGGGGUGUAGACAACUUGGCUCUUCAGACUUUAUUCAGCGAACAAGGUAAAGUCGUGGAUGCUAAGGUUGUCUUUGACCGAGAGACCGGCAGAUCAAGGGGCUUUGGUUUUGUUACAUAUAGUUCUGCAGAGGAGGUCAAUAAUGCUAUCGAAUUCCUUAACGGCACUGACUUGAAUGGCAGACCAAUCCGUGUAACGUUGGCGGAAGCGAGGCCAAGACGCCAGUUUUGAUCCUUAAUCUAUUUUAAAGGUUUUCAUUUACUAGGGAAAUGUUUCGUACUAUUGUUAAGUUUCAUAGUGCUUAAAUAUUUGCUUGGCGAUGUGGAAAGAAAAUCUGCUUGUUGUGUACUUCAAUCUUGUACCUGACUUGAUGAGUGUCUUGCAUCAACUUUUGAGUUUUUACAAUAUUGGUUUUGGAAUGCACGAAUAAUUUGGUCUGUUGGAUCCA